AUGUCCAUCUUUAUCAUUACACUGACUUUGGUGGUACUUCAGACUCCUGCACAGUGCUCAGGGGCCAAUCUUAAAAUUGGCGUCCCUGAAAACUAUGAUGGUAUUUUCCCAUGGUACCUGGCUAAGCUCCCUAACCUCCCAGCAACCUCCACUGACGUGGUGGUGACAGGGGACGAUGAGGGGAUCUUUGGAGUUGAGGCAGGAUUUCUUUACGCCUUGAAGCCUCUGGACAGAGAGAAGCAGCCAUCUUACUCUCUGCAGGUGUCCUUCUCAGCAUCCGUGCAGUCGCAGAGCUUUAUGGUGGAAGUAUGCGUCAUUGACAAAAACGACAACGUGCCUGUGUUUAUCGAGGAGAGCAUGAGAGGCAGUGUGCAGCUGGGACUUCUGAAAGGGAUCUCAUUCAUGCAGGUGGGGGCAUCUGACUGUGACGACCGUAACACAGCCCAUGCUGACCUGCGCUUCAGCCUGAUGGACCAGACCCCCAGGAUCCCCUCCAGUCACAUGUUCUUCAUAGACUCUGUGACCGGAGAGGUGUCUCUCACUGAGGACGGGGCUUCCACCCUGGACCCAGAGAUGUGUGGUCGCUACAAGCUGUCAGUGAUGGUGAAAGACAUGGGGGGGAAACCCAACGCUUUCUUCUCCACGGGCAUCGUGACAGUGGAGGUGACGGGGAACACCUGGGCGUCACCGGACCCUGUUCGCCUCCAGGAGAACCUCCCUGGACCCUAUCCCAUCCCCAUCUCACAGGUGAAGUGGAGUGGAGGUCUGGUAGAGUAUAGCCUGGAGGGGGAAUUCCCAGAGAUGCUGUUCACUGUCAGCAGAGAGGGAGUCAUCUCUCUCAACGCCCCACUAGACAGAGAGACUCAGGACCAGUUCCAGAUCAGUAUCGUGGUGGAGCGUCCGGAUGGCAGGGAGAUCGCCAAGCCUGUGGAGCUGAGGGUGAUGGUGGGCGAUGCCAACGACAACAGGCCCACGUUCCCUACCACACAGUACCACACCGUGGUCAAGGAGCUCGCCCCACGGGGGACGGAAAUCCUCACAGUUCAAGCAGCCGACAACGAUGAUCCGAAAACAGAUAACGUGAGGAUCUUCUACCGGCUGGUUGGCCAGAUCCCAGAGAGCCCUCGUGCCUUGUUCCGGGUGGACCGUGACUCUGGGGUCAUCUCAGUGCAGGCAGACAACCUGGAGGGAGCCGCCCCACAGUACACACUGACCAUCACUGCCGAGGACGCUAAAGGCUUAAACAGCUCCUGUACUGUGGUUGUGACAGUGCAGGACGAAAACAACAACCCACCCGUCUUCACUCCACACGAGUACGGCCCCUUCCACCUGGCAGAGGAUGCUCCUUUGGGAGCCACGGUAACGGCGGUGUCAGCGUGGGAUGCUGAUGAGAGGGGAGGAGACAGCUGGCAGGUGAAUUACAGGCUGGAGUCUGGCAACGAGGAGGAGGUGUUCAUGCUGGUCACAGACAAGCAGACCAAUGAAGUUUCACUCAUCCUCUCCAAGGUGCUGGACUUUGAGCGGGAGAGCGAGUACAUCCUGGUCCUUAGUGCUCAAAACCCAGUGGCCCUGGUACGAGGGAGGUAUGGCCCAGCGUCCACGGCAACCGUCUCCAUCUAUGUGGACGAUAUCAACGAGGGCCCCAUCCUGUCCCAGAGCCACUACGAGGUCACCGUCAGAGAGGGGGAGGAGCCAGGACGGGUUAUUGCCACUAUUCGUGGAUAUGACCCAGACUCACACCCAAUCAGAUACUCACUCAGAGGAGACACAAAGAGAUAUUUCUCCAUUGGGAAGUACUCAGGUGAGCUGAAGACUGUCCAGGCCUUGGACAGAGAAGAAAACAGCACCUACACCAUGGAGGUCAUGGCUGAAGAUGGACGGAACUCUUCUCUGUCAGCUUCAACACUGGUCACAGUCCAUAUCCUGGAUGUGAAUGACAACAGUCCGGUGUUGGUGGGAGACUACUCCUGGAAGUACCUAUGUACCCCACGCUGGGAGGACCAGGCCUUGGUGCUGGCAUCCCGGGACAGUGAUGGUCCCCAGCACGGUGGCAGGCUCAACUUCUCCCUCCGCAGUGACGCCACUGUGCGCGGCAACUGGAAACUCACCCCCAUCAAUGACACCCAUACCAACCUGUCCCUGAACAUCCCAUACCUGUCUCCUGAGGUCUACACGGUCCCCUUCACCAUUUCUGACAGCAGCUCUCCUCCCAGGAGCACCUUCAUCAACCUGCCAGUGACGGUGUGCCCAUGCAAUGUGAGAGGAAACUGCAGGACCGCCGCUAAGCAGCUGCAAGGCAUGCCAACCGUCCAGUCCACCGUCGGCAUCCUAUUGGGAACCUUGGGGGUCAUAGGAAUCAUUCUAAUCGUUGUGUUUGUGAGGCUGUCCUACCAGAACCCCAAACCGCCGAGCAAAGCCAACCAGGAGAGAGAACCCCUGAGGAUCUCACUGUGA